GGGGGAGGAGGCGGCUCAGGGAGGCAGCCGAUUGGAGCCUGUUACUUGUAUGCCCCCGCCCCCAUUCCUUACUUCCCAGCUGGUCCUCAGUCUCCCCUUUCCUUUGUCCCUGUGUUCCCACGGCCCGGAUGUUCUUUCCACCCCGGCUCCUGGUGGCGGUCCCCCCUCCCAGGCUCCCCAGCCCCGCCCCGCCUUCUCCCGGUAGCUCAGUCUUCCCCUGGCUCAGCUUUGCUGCCCCUCCCCUGCCUCCGCCUCAAAACCCCGCCUGCUUCGGGGAGCCGGCUGAGUCCCCAGGUGACACCCACAGCGGGUGUGCUGCUCAGUGUGAACCUGCGCUUGCCAGGGGGACAAGGCUCUCCUCAGCCCGAAGAGAUACACCUGUGAGCGGCUCAGAGCGGUGCUUUACAAGAGGCCCGCAGAUGUGAGGACUGACCUGGCCUUCCCCGAGUGCUGGGCACCGAGACCCCCACCCAGCAGCACCUGCUGCACCCCUGUGAGUCAGCCAGGCCCUCUACGGUUAAGAAGACCUGAGGGGACGGAUGGCAUCGGCUGGCCUUGAGCUCCUGGGCAUGACCCUGGCCGUGCUGGGCUGGCUGGGCACCCUGGUGUCCUGCGCCCUGCCCCUGUGGAAGGUGACCGCCUUCAUCGGCAACAGCAUCGUGGUGGCCCAGGUGGUGUGGGAGGGGCUGUGGAUGUCCUGCGUGGUGCAGAGCACGGGCCAGAUGCAGUGCAAGGUGUACGACUCGCUGCUGGCGCUGCCCCAGGACCUGCAGGCUGCCCGCGCCCUCUGCGUCAUCGCCCUCCUGUUGGCUCUGCUCGGGCUGCUGGUGGCCGUCACGGGGGCCCAGUGCACCACCUGCGUGGAGGACGAAGGUGCCAAGGCCCGCAUCGUGCUCACCGCAGGGGCCCUCCUCCUCCUCUCGGGCAUCCUGGUGCUCAUCCCUGUCUGCUGGACUGCGCAUGCGAUCAUCCAGGACUUCUACAACCCCCUGGUGGCCGAGGCCCUCAAGCGGGAGCUGGGGGCCUCCCUCUACAUAGGCUGGGCUGCUGCUGCCCUGCUCAUGCUGGGUGGGGGGCUCCUCUGCUGCACGUGCCCCCCACCCCAGAUCGACCGGCCCCGGGGACCCAGGCUGGGUUACUCCAUCCCCUCCCGCUCAGGUGCCUCUGGGCUGGACAAGAGGGACUAUGUAUGAGGCAGAAAGUGCCCUCGGAAGCUGAUGCUCAGAGUUUUGACCUUGAGCUGGAUGCCCUGCGGUAACCCAUGCCCCCAAAUGUCAACCCCUCCCCUGGGUGAAACUUGCUUCCCAGAGGCUUCAGUCAGGCCUGGCUCCAGAGCUAGGGCCUGCUGGCCUGAGUCCAGACCCUCUUCAUUGGGGGGGUCCUCACAGUUUCUUCCCUUUCCACCUGCCAGGCAGAGCCAGAGCUGAAAAGCCUACCCCCAACCCCCCCUUUCAGCCCCAGACAAAUUGCUCUCUUCUGUGGUCCAUGACCUAGGCUGUCCCUCCUCUUCCUCUGAGGCCACCCCCAUCCCAGGAGCCUGGCCCUCACCCAAAGGGCAGCAGCUCCUCGUUCCAAAAUGAGGGGAUCCCUGCCCUGGAAUGGGUCCCCUCCGGCCGGCCACCACCUGCAUCCAGAGGUCCAGCCCAUCACCCCACCCUCUACCCUACCUGCCAGUCGGGAAUAAACAGCAUUUGUACCUUG